GUUUUUGAUUUGUUUUGACUUCGAAUCUAGGAGAGGCUCAAAUGCGCAGUUAACCUUUUGAAUGUGAGUGAGCUCUACGUUUUCCAUUUACAUAGGGACAGAAGCAUAUAAGUUUUGGAAGAAAUUCGAUGCAUUUACCCUAGUGCAAAAAUCAGUCAUGAACACACUUCGUCGCUUUCGAAAUUUGGGGCUUUUGAGGAAAUCAAAUUUGACAAAACCCUUCUCAUCUGUAUCCCACAAAGCUGGGGAAGGAGUACCAUAUGAAACUGUUUUGAAAACUGAAUCUAAUUCUGAACAGAUAUUGCCUAUUGAGGCUGAUGUAGUGGUAUUGGGUGGUGGCAGUAUUGGUUGUAACACUUUGUACCAUUUAACUAAACUUGGUGUCAAGAAUGCAGUUUUACUUGAGAGAAAUCGUCUCACAAGUGGCACAACAUGGCACACAGCUGGAUUAGUUUGGAGAUUGCGACCUUCGGAUAUUGACGUGCGUCUCUUAGCUUACACUCACCAGCUUUUGAAGGGGUUAGAAGAAGAAACCGGAAUUGAUCCAGGUUAUAUUGUGAAUGGAGGAUUAUUUGUUGCAUCCUCCAAAGAAAGGCUCGAUGAAUACAAGCGCUUGCAGACGCUUGGUAAAGCAUUUGGAACUGAAUCUUACGUCCUCGGACCAAGUGAAACAAAAAAACUUUAUCCACUUAUGAACGUUGACGACGUUUACGGGACAUUGUACAGUCCUCGAGAUGGUGUCGUUGAUCCUGCCGGAUUUUGCACUGCCCUUACCCGUGCAGCCACUCGCGCAGGGGCCAAAGUAGUCGAGGAUUGUGUUGUUACGGGAAUUGACACGGACACAUCUUUAUUCGGUAGCCGACAAGUUUCUGCAGUUCACACAAAUAAGGGAACAAUUAAAACAAAGUGUGUCGUUAACUGCACCGGAGCGUGGGCGCCUUAUAUUGGCUCUAUGGUUGAUGUGGCCGUUCCAUUAGUUGUAACAAAACAUGCUUAUGUUGUUACUGAGAAAAUCCCUGGCAUAUCUGGUAUGCCGAAUGUUAGAGACCACGAUUUGUCAAUUUACUUCAAGUUGCAAGGAGACGCAUUAUCCUUCGGCGGAUACGAGAACGACCCAAUCUUCAUUGACAAAAUUUCAAAGGAUGAAGCGUUUAGUUUGUACGAGCUUGAUUGGGAUGUUUUUGGCGUACAUAUUGAUAAAGCAGUCAAUAGAUGUCCCACAUUAGCUACUACGGGUAUUCGAUCCACAGUGUGUGGACCUGAGAGUUUCACUCCCGAUCACAAACCUUUAAUGGGUGAGGAGCCAACCCUGCGAGGAUUCUAUCAUGGAUGUGGAUUCAAUUCAGCCGGUAUGAUGUUUGGAGGAGGAUGCGGAUGGCAAUUGGCUAAAUGGAUAGUGCAAGGUCGUCCUGAUUUCGACAUGUUUAGCUACGAUAUCAGACGCUUUUCUCCAGAUUUAACGCGAAACGCAAAUUGGAUCCGCCAACGUUCUCAUGAGGCAUACGCCAAAAAUUACUCGAUUGUUUACCCACACGACGAACCGCUUGCUUCAAGGAAAAUGAAAAAGUCACCGAUUGCUCCGUUGCUUGAGAAAGCUGGAUGCGUAUUUCAGGAGAGACACGGAUGGGAAAGGCCUGGAUGGUUUUCACAGUCGGGAAUCGCUUCCAUUCAGCCAUACGAUUGGUACGGCGCAUAUGGACAUGCCAUAAAUGAGGACCAGGCGUAUGUCGAGCGGCUUAAAGAAGACUACACAUUUGGAUUCCCAAAGAAUCAUUCCAUUAUAGAGCAGGAAUGCCGUGGGGCUCGCGAAAGAGUGGCGAUUUUCGACAUGUCCUAUUUUGGCAACUAUUAUCUGACUGGCCCUGAUGCCCAAGCAGCAGCUGACUGGAUAUUUACCAACAAUAUGCGGAAACCUGCCGGUGAAACCAGCUACACCUGUAUGCUAAACGCCCAAGCUGGGGUGGAAUCCGAUUUGACUGUUAGUUUCAUCGACGGGUCGUCCACUGCUCCAUGGGAACCUUCUUUCCAGGGAAAAGGUUUUUAUAUCGCAGCCGGUGGCGGAUCGGCAUACCAGUCUUUCACGCAUAUCCGAAAAACAAUUGAAGACAACCGGUUUGAUGCGAAACUGGUUAACCUUUCUGAUAGUAUUUGCUUGUUUUCUAUUCAGGGACCCAAAAGUCGUGAACUAAUGGAAAAACUCAGUCCCGCAACUCGAUUUGCCAACGAAAAUUUCCCAUUUUCCGCUCACAAAUUAAUUGAAAUUAACGGCCAUAUCUGUCGUGCAUUGCGUAUCUCUUUUGUUGGAGAAAUGGGUUGGGAAUUGCAUGUCCCUUCGUCGUCGGCCAUUGAAGUUUACAAGGCGGUUAUGGCGGCUGGAAAAGACUUUGGUAUUUGUAACGCUGGUUACCGGGCCAUUGACUCUCUGAGUCUGGAAAAAGGAUACCGUCACUGGCAUAUGGAUCUCCGUUCUGAAGAUAAUCCAUUGGAAGCUGGAUUAGCCUUCACGUGCAAAUUGAAAAGUACGGUAGAUUUUCUGGGUCGGAAAGCCCUGGAAGAGAAACGCCAGAAAGGGCUGAGCAAAAGAAUCGCCGUCUUCGCCAUUGAAGAGAAAUUACCACUUUGGGGCAUGGAAGCCAUCUGGAGAAAUGACCAAGUGGUUGGUUAUUUACGUCGAGCCGACUAUGGAUUUUCGGUUGGCUGCAGCAUUGGCUACGGUUAUGUUCAUAGCCAAAACGAACAAGAGCCCAUUACAACCAAGUACCUUAUGGAAGGAGAUUACUUUAUUGAAGCCAUGGGCGACAAGUAUAAAGCGCGUAUUCAGUUGAAGCCUCUGUUUGAUCCCGAGAAUAAGCGGGUCAAUGGCUUCUACUGAGAAAUUCAUUCCAUUGAAUCUUUAAUGGGAUUCAGAGAAUUAGUAUAAAAUUAGACUUGGGGGUUUAACAUCUAGAGUAUAUUUUUGCUGAGACUAAACAUCAAAUUAAAGUGCCAAGACACACCCAUUCAAUUACUAUCAUGAAUUAAUCAAUUUCUCCUUGAAUUAUGAAACCCAGAUUUAAAGAAUCUCCUCCAGGUUGAUAUUCCAAGUCCCACCGUUUCGGAUUAAAGAGAGCUUUAAAAAAAUAUAUAUUUUUAAAACAGGU